GAGAGAAGAGAGGAGAAAGAGAGAGAGAGCAGAGAGCGAGGUAUAGAGCAACCGAGGGGGAGAGAACCCGAGUGUGUGUAUGCGUGUGCGUGUGUGAGCGCGAGCGAGCUUGCGAGGAAGAGGAGCGAGAGAGUGCGAGCGAGAAAGAAUAAAAGGAAAGAAGAUUUUUCUCUAUGUAUAUAAAGAUGGCCACGUUAGCAAACGGACAGGCUGACAACGCGAGCCUCAGUACCAACGGGCUCGGCAGCAGUCCGGGCAGCGCCGGGCACAUGAACGGAUUAAGCCACAGCCCGGGGAACCCGUCGACCAUUCCCAUGAAGGACCACGAUGCCAUCAAGCUGUUCAUUGGGCAGAUCCCCCGCAACCUGGAUGAGAAGGACCUCAAGCCCCUCUUCGAGGAGUUCGGCAAGAUCUACGAGCUUACGGUUCUGAAGGACAGGUUCACAGGCAUGCACAAAGGCUGCGCCUUCCUCACCUACUGCGAGCGUGAGUCAGCGCUGAAGGCCCAGAGCGCGCUGCACGAGCAGAAGACCCUGCCCGGGAUGAACCGGCCGAUCCAGGUGAAGCCUGCGGACAGCGAGAGCCGAGGAGGUAGUAGCUGCCUGCGCCAGCCCCCUUCACAAGAUAGAAAACUCUUCGUGGGCAUGCUCAACAAGCAGCAGUCUGAGGACGACGUGCGCCGCCUCUUCGAGGCCUUCGGCAACAUCGAAGAGUGCACCAUCCUGCGCGGGCCCGACGGCAACAGCAAGGGGUGCGCCUUUGUGAAGUACUCUUCCCACGCCGAGGCGCAAGCCGCCAUCAACGCGCUGCAUGGCAGCCAGACCAUGCCGGGAGCCUCGUCCAGUCUGGUGGUCAAGUUCGCCGACACUGACAAGGAGCGCACGAUGCGGCGAAUGCAGCAGAUGGCUGGCCAGAUGGGCAUGUUCAACCCCAUGGCCAUCCCGUUCGGGGCCUACGGCGCCUACGCACAGGCACUGAUGCAGCAGCAAGCGGCACUAAUGGCAUCAGUCGCGCAGGGCGGCUACCUGAACCCCAUGGCUGCCUUCGCCGCCGCCCAGAUGCAGCAGAUGGCGGCCCUCAACAUGAACGGCUUGGCAGCCGCACCCAUGACCCCAACCUCAGGUGGCAGCACCCCUCCGGGCAUCACUGCACCAGCCGUGCCUAGCAUCCCGUCCCCCAUUGGGGUGAACGGCUUCACUGGCCUCCCCCCACAGGCCAAUGGGCAACCUGCUGCAGAAGCUGUGUUUGCCAAUGGCAUCCACCCCUACCCAGCGCAGAGUCCCACGGCCGCGGACCCCCUGCAGCAGGCCUACGCGGGAGUGCAGCAAUAUGCAGGUCCAGCCGCCUACCCUGCUGCCUAUGGUCAGAUAAGCCAGGCCUUCCCUCAGCCGCCUCCAAUGAUCCCCCAGCAACAGCGAGAAGGGCCCGAGGGCUGUAACCUGUUCAUCUACCAUCUGCCCCAGGAGUUUGGGGAUGCUGAGCUGAUGCAGAUGUUCCUCCCUUUCGGCCGGCACCCUGUGCCCUCCCGCUGCCAGGCCCCCUCCUGUCAGGGAGGACAGUGUCCAAUAAACUCCUCCGCCCGCAGGCUUCGUGAGUUUCGACAACCCGGCCAGCGCGCAGACCGCCAUCCAGGCCAUGAACGGCUUCCAGAUCGGCAUGAAGAGGCUCAAGGUGCAGCUGAAGCGGCCCAAAGACGCCAAUCGCCCGUACUGAGCGCCGGCGGGAGCGUCCCCCGGGGGAGACCAGGACUCGCACAGAGCCAGUCAAAUCCACCACAGUCUCGCGCUGAGCUAGGAAUAAAGUUCACGUAAUCACAUGAGAGUGGAGAAAACAGUCCCCCAUCCGGCAGGAUGCUGAACGGGCUACAUUAAAAAACAAACCUCUCUCUCUCUCUAUUUAUAAAUGAGAACUGUUGGAUGACACCUUUGACAUAUCAGCCAAUACCAAGCAAGCUGAGGACUCCAGACACUCUGUGACUGUAACAUUUCUUCAAGGGAAGUAUAGCGUCUAUGGAGUUCAGAGGGCACGUGUUUGGGGAAAAUACAUAUGACAUAAAGAAGAAGAAGAAGAAGAAAAAUUGAGAAAAAAAACAUACAAAAAAGGCAACUUUUAAAACAAAAUAACUUGAGACCAGAUGGGGAGGCUGAAGGGCUGGGAACUGGAAAGAGACGCUGCGCUGCUUACCGAUCCCCGGGGCUUUCCAGCCCGUGGGCGCCUGCGGCAGGCUGGGGCGAGCGGUGUGCGGGGCCUGGUCCCCAGGGGCGGCUGGGAGGCCGCCGGAGCAUCUCUAUCUGUCAUUCCUUUAGCUAUUUAGGGACCAAAGGACCAAACUUUUUAUUGCAGAUGUGUAGCUCUAUGUCAAACACAGGGGGAACGGAGGAGCACCUCCUUCCUGCCUCCUGGCUGUUCUCGAAACAGCUUAGAGCGAUUCUAUGAAAAAUGUAAGAAAAAAGUAAAAAAAAAACACAAAAAACACAAAAACACAAAAAAAGGAAAAAUAAUGCUUAAAUGCUUUUAAAACAGCAAGAUAAUAGUUCUUUGAUACUUCGAGAGGCGCUUUGAUUACCCUCAUUCAAGUCUUAGACACUUUCCUAUGGUUUUCUGUAUUAUAUGUCUGGAUGGAGCUGUUAAGAGGAACAAAUUGGUGGGUAUUUGGGGAAAGCAGCAAAAAUAUUAAAGCUCCUUAACUGUAAAGUGUGAGAAAACGAGGGGAAAAAAGGGACUCACAAGGCAAGAGAAUUGUUGUGAAAAGUCUGUAAAUGCUUCUAACUCUUCCCCCUCUUACAAACAUAAUAGUUGUACAGAAUUUUAAAAAGGAGAAGUUUAAAAUACCUAUAUAAUAGAAGAAAAAUUAGAGGAAAGCAAAAAAUAAAAAAAUAAUAAAAAAGGAAAAAAAAAACUUAUAGAAGUUAGCAUUACUGCUAAAAUCCCAGAUGUUGUAGGACUGUACUUUUGUAGAGUUUAGACUGAGCAUCAAUCCCUUCUCCCCGCGAGUGAGUGCUGUCCGAUGGCGACACCAUUGACCCCGAGGGCCAGGCCGAUGGCCCAGACCUGCGGGCUCCUGGCUGCCCACCGCCUGGAGGCCGCGCCAGGGCAGGAAGGCCCAGCCGCCCUCACCUCGCUUCGCCGGAGCUGUGCGCUCGUCGCUCUCCGAAAGCCCUGGACCUUCGCUUCACUCGCCUUCCAUGCUUGCUCCAGAGACUUCCGGGCAAGGGGACCUGGGAACUUUCAUCUUAAAACAACUAAACAACACACACACACACACACACACACACACACACACACACACAAAACCUUAAACAAGAGAGAGAAAAAAAAACAAUCUUU